AUGCAGAUCUUCGUGAAGACCCUCACGGGCAAGACCAUCACCCUAGAGGUGGAGGCCUCGGACACGAUCGAAAAUGUGAAGGCGAAGAUCCAGGACAAGGAGGGGAUCCCGCCGGACCAGCAGCGCCUCAUCUUCGCUGGGAAGCAGCUUGAGGAUGGGAGGACACUGGCGGACUACAAUAUUCAGAAAGAGUCCACCCUGCACCUGGUCCUUCGAUUGAGGGGUGGCAUCAUUGAGCCGUCUCUGCAGAUCUUGGCAAGGAGAUACAACCAGGACAAGCAGAUCUGCCGCAAGUGCUACGCCCGCAUGCACCCACGUGCCACCAACUGCAGGAAGAAGAAGUGUGGCCGCACCAGCCAGCUGAGGCCCAAGAAGAAGCUGAAGUGA